AUUUCGCACAUGGCACAAUCACCUUCGCAUUUUGCAUCAGCAUAUCCACUCUCUCUCUCUCUCUCACACACACACACACACACAUUUCCCUUGCCGGAAAUGUACGUCCUUUCGGCAAUUUUCUCCGGAAAAUGGCCGAGAAGAGUGAUUGAAAUCCUCAUCUCGGCUGCCAGUUCAAUUGUCUUCUUAUUUCUCGACCUUCUUGAUGUUAUUUUCUGCGCAUUCUUCAAAUUCGUGGAUGAAUUCUUUGAAGAAACCGCCUCUCCAUGUUACUGCCAAAACAGGGGAGGAAUCGGAACAGCUGCGAGUGAUGACGAUGAUAGAGAAAGUGAACUGUCGGAAACACUUUAUGAGAGGAAAAACUUUUUCCGGGAUAUGGGUUUCUUUGGAUUCUCUAGAAAAUGCCAAGGUUCGAAGAAAAUACAAGGUUGGACGGUGAAGACGAAUAGGUGGUCCGACUGUGGUUGCAUGUCUUGUCUUUCAUGGGUCAGCAAUGGCGAUCAGAAGCUCCAUGUUGUUCUUAGAGAACCAUCAAAUGCCCCCUUUGAGGAUUGCAAGGAAAAGGCAACUGAAAAUGUGAUAUUCAUACAUGGUUUCCUCUCAUCUUCCUUAUUUUGGACAGAGACAGUGUUCCCUAAUUUGUCUGAAUUUGCAAAGUGCAAUUACAGAUUGUUUGCAGUAGACCUCUUGGGAUUUGGAGGAAGCCCAAAGCCAAGAGAUUGUUUCUACACGUUGAAAGAUCACUUGGACGCGAUUGAGAAAUCAGUUCAUGAUCCUUUUCGGUCGAAUUCUUUCCAUUUGGUUGCACACUCCAUGGGUUGCAUACUUGCAUUGGCAUUGGCUGCCAAGUACUCAAAGUCUGUAAAAUCAAUCACCCUGAUUGCACCGCCAUACUUACCUCCUUCUCAAGGCAGUGCAAGCUUAACCGCGCUCAAUAGACUUGCGGAUAGGAAAUUAUGGCCAUUGAUAUUGUUCGGUUCAUCAUUUAUGUCAUGGUAUGAGCACUUGGGCCGAUGUGUGUGCUUUCUUAUUUGCCGGAACCAUAGGGUAUGGGAAUGGAUUUUGAGGCUACUCACAAGAAGAAGGUGUCUCAACUUUAUGAUCGUCGACUUAACAAGGCACACUCAUCAUUCAGCUUGGCACACCAUGCAUAAUGUGAUAUGUGGGGGAGCAAAAUUGAUGGAUGGAUACUUAGAAGCUUUGAAAAAUUCGAGUUUGAACGUGAAUGUAAUUCAAGGCAGCAGAGACCAGGUAGUCCCAUUGGAGUGCAGCAACAACAUUAAGUUGAAGGUUCCACAUGCUGACAUUAACAUCAUACCAAAUGCUGACCACAGUUCUGUAGUCCUAGGUAGAGAGGAGGAGUUUACUCGGGAUUUAGAGCGCAUAUGGGCCUCCGUUGCUGAUACUACCAUGGGAGAGGAAUGUUUGCAAAAUGCAUGCUUAGAUCCAGAGAACUUCAAGGAUUUCAAGCUUGUGAAGCGCACGCAGCUUAGCCAUAAUGUCGCGAAAUUCAGAUUUGAACUACCUACACCCACUUCAGUUUUGGGUCUUCCUAUUGGACAACAUAUAAGUUGCAGGGGUAAGGAUAACCUAGGUGAAGAUGUCAUUAAACCAUACACCCCAACUACUUUGGACUCCGAUGUUGGAUACUUCGAAUUAGUUAUAAAGAUGUACCCGCAAGGAAGGAUGUCACACCAUUUCCGAGAAAUGCGUGUAGGUGAUCAUCUGGCAGUGAAGGGGCCCAAGGGCCGCUUCAAGUAUCAACCUGGCCAAGUGAGAGCAUUUGGAAUGCUUGCUGGAGGUUCUGGCAUUACUCCGAUGUUCCAGGUUGCAAGAGCUAUAUUAGAAAACCCCAAAGACAAAACAAAGGUGCAUCUCAUUUAUGCUAAUGUGACAUUUGAGGACAUUCUUCUAAAGGAAGAAUUGGACGGUCUUGCUACAAACUACCCUGAUCGCUUCAAGAUUUACUACGUACUGAAUCAGCCUCCUGAAGUAUGGAAUGGUGGUGUUGGCUUUGUAUCCAAGGAGAUGAUCCAAACCCACUGCCCUGCACCAUCUCCUGACAUUCAGAUUUUGAGGUGCGGUCCACCACCAAUGAACAAGGCGAUGGCUUCUCACCUUGAGGCUCUUGAAUAUGCGCCACACAUGCAGUUCCAGUUCUGAUCCUUGUGUGGGGGGUUCUUAGCCUUCACUCGACAUAUUUAGCCCUUCCAUUGUUUUGAGCAAAAGCAUCUAUGUUCUGUAUGUUGUAUUUCUGUGCGUUUAAUGGAUAGGUAACACAAUCGGGCAACAAUAAACUUUUCUGGAUUCAGCUUCAAUAAGGGAUUCUCUCUCUAA